AUGGGGGCUAUCUUCGCAGACCCGCAUAUGGUAGGGGUGGGGGUGAUUUUUAGAGACAGUGAAGGCACUGUGUUACUAGUAGCUAGCAUGAAGGAGUCUGAGGUUGGUGAUCCUGCUGAAAUAGAGAUGGUGGCUAUGCUACGUGGUCUUCAAUUGUGCAUUCCAAUGGGCAUUGAGAAGCUUAUCCUAGAAAGUGAUUCUCUCCUAAUGGUUAAUCAGAUGAAUGAGGACACAAAACCAUGGUCUUUAUUUGGGAACAUCAUUAAGGAAACGAGGCAAUUUUCUACAAGGUUUAAAAGUUGCAUAGUGCAACAUGUUGGCCGUUUGGGAAAUACAGUAGCUCACAACCUAGCCAGGCAUGCGUGGUAUGUUCAAGAUGUAACCAUUUGGUCGGGUUCAUGCCCAGAUUUUGUAAAAGAAGCUGUAUGGGUGGAUAACUCUAUGUAA